AUGUCUCGCCACCCAGGCAAUAGUCUUGUGAUCGGAAAAGUAUGGGGUUCCAAAUACGAAUUACAGCAAGCACUACAGGCAAUGAGCAAUAGGCAGGACGCUGUCGUAUACGGAGUUCCAUAUACGAGUAUCAGUAAGCCGGUUAGCAUGGAACAACAAUCACUACAGGCAAUGAGCAAUAGGCAGGACGCUGUCGUAUACGGAGUUCCAUAUACGAGUAUCAGUAAGCCGGUUAGCAGGGAACAACAAUCACUACAGGCAAUGAGCAAUAGGCAGGACGCUGUCGUAUACGGAAUUCCAUAUACGAGUAUCAGUAAGCCGGUUAAUAGGGAACAGCAAUCACUACAGGCAAUGAGCAAUAGGCAGGACGCUGUCGUAUACGGAGUUCCAUGUACGAGUAUCAGUAAGCCGGUUAGCAGGGAACAACAAUCACUACAGGCAAUGAGCAAUAGGCAGGACGCUGUCGUAUACGGAAUUCCAUAUACUAGUAUCAGUAAGCCGGUUAGCAGGGAACAACAAUCACUACAGGCAAUGAGCAAUAGGCAGGACGCUGUCGUAUACGGAGUUCCAUAUACGAGUAUCAGUAAGCCGGUUAGCAGGGAACAACAAUCACUACAGGCAAUGAGCAAUAGGCAGGACGCUGUCGUAUACGGAAUUCCAUAUACGAGUAUCAGUAAGCCGGUUAGUAGGGAACAGCAAUCACUACAGGCAAUGAGCAAUAGGCAGGACGCUGUCGUAUACGGAGUUCCAUAUACGAGUAUCAGUAAGCCGGUUAGCAGGGAACAACAAUCACUACAGGCAAUGAGCAAUAGGCAGGACGCUGUCGUAUACGGAAUUCCAUAUACGAGUAUCAGUAAGCCGGUUAGCAGGGAACAACAAUCACUACAGGCAAUGAGCAAUAGGCAGGACGCUGUCGUAUACGGAAUUCCAUAUACGAGUAUCAGUAAGCCGGUUAGUAGGGAACAGCAAUCACUACAGGCAAUGAGCAAUAGGCAGGACGCUGUCGUAUACGGAGUUCCAUAUACGAGUAUCAGUAAGCCGGUUAGCAGGGAACAACAAUCACUACAGGCAAUGAGCAAUAGGCAGGACGCUGUCGUAUACGGAAUUCCAUAUACGAGUAUCAGUAAGCCGGUUAGUAGGGAACAGCAAGCACUACAGGCAAUGAGCAUUAGGCAGGACGCUGUCGUAUACGGAAUUCCAUAG